AUGCGCGGCGCGCCUUUGGGAGCAGGAUCUCGUUCCUCUCCGCUCUUCAUCACCGACGCUUCGCACCGUGACAAUUUCGCAGCAGAAGCAGCAGCAUUGCGUCGCGUUGGACCCAAAGCUGUUCCAUACCUCAUCGUCUUCGCGCACGAGAUCUCCAGCAGCAAGGGCGCUCAUUACAUUCACCGUACCGUUUUCAAACCGCUCGCCCCGUAG